UUUUAGUAAUAAUAAAUAGAAAUGAAAAUUCUCAUUUUAGCUAUUCUUUUGGCUAUUUCAUUUGCUGCGAAAAAAGAAGACUUGAUUACUACACCUUUGCCAGGCUGUGGUAAAUGGGACUUCGAUGCCUACUCAGGAUACAUCCCGAUUGACGAUCAAAAUAAGUUCCACUACUUCCUAGUAGAGAGUCAGAACAAACCAGAAACUGACCCACUAGUGAUCUGGUUCAAUGGUGGUCCAGGAUGCUCAUCUCUUCUCGGGUUCUUCAAUGAGCAUGGUCCAUGUGUUUGGGAUGGUCUUGACACUGACGCUGAACCUCACAACAAUGAGUACUCAUGGAACGCCAACGCGAACGUUCUCUAUGUUGAAAACCCAGCAGGAGUUGGGUUCAAUGUUGGCUACAGAGGUGAAUACUUAAACGACAAAAUUGCUGGAGAUCAAGAAGAAUCUUUCGUGCUAAACUUCUACAAGGCUUUCCCAGAAUAUCUUAACCACGAGCUGUACAUCACAGGAGAAAGCUAUGGUGGAAUUUAUGUUCCAUACCUUGCCUACAAUCUUCAUAGACAUGGUCACACCACUAAAAAUGGUGGAGAUAUCAACCUUGUUGGUAUCGGUAUUGGAAAUGGAGUGACUGACUGGGAUUACGAUACUUUCCCAGCAUAUAUCGCCCUUUCAUACGCUCAUGGAUUGAUUACUCUUGACCUUGCCAACAGAUUAGAAAAAUCUAACUGUGAUUUCAGGUUCUUCAACCUUGACAAUCUCAGAGGAACUUGUGCAAGAUUAUUUAACGAAUGGUACGGAGCUGUCCAAGACAUCAAUAUCUAUGAUGUGUACAGAUCUCCACAAGACGGAGGACUGAUGAGUAAAGCUGAAAAAAUUCAUGACCUACUCAAAUCUGACAAGAAGAAGCAGAAAGUUGGAUAUGCGAAUUUCCUCGAUCGUUUCCAAAAUCAGAACUCUUUCAGUAGCCAGAUCCCAGACUACCUUGAUAGGAACGAUGUUAGAGAGAUCCUUCAUGUUACUGAGAAGACAGGAGGUUGGGAAGCUUGCACUGAAUUCAACUACGAAAGACUUCCAGAAGGAACCAUCUGGAUUUACCCUAAACUCAAGGAUGCUGGCUACAGAAUCCUCAAAUAUUCUGGAGACACUGACGGAUCUGUCCCGACUCUCGGAACUAAUCAAUGGAUUGAGAACCUCGGAUGGGACCUUAAGAUUGACCACGACCCUUUCGUUAUCGAUGGGAAGGUGGCUGGGUACUACACCCUCAGAGAUGGCCUUGAGUAUGUAAUCUUCCACGGAGCUGGCCAUUUAGUGCCUCUAUGGAUGAGAAAGGAAAGUCAAUAUGUCAUCAACCAAUGGCUGAACGGAAAGAGACCAUAACUAAUCUAAUCUGU